UCUCUCUCUCUCUCUCUCUCUCUCUCUCUCUCUCCACACACACACACACACACACACACACACACACACACACACACACACACACACACACACACACACACACACACACACACACAGAUCUACUGGGACAGGUUUUGCAAUUACUGAAAUAGGCUUCUAUCCUCAUGUGAAGGAAGAAUUUGAAAUAGAUUUUUUGAUUAUAUUAUAAAGAAAUAUGGCUUAUUUGUAGCAUUCACCAACAGUCAGAUUUUGCUCUCCAUCACCAUAUUCUACUAUUACACAGUAGGCUAAGUACAAUUUGCUGCAUAUUACAGUUUUUUCCAAUUGCUAACACACUAAAAUGACAAACAUUAUUUAAACUGACACACAUUGUGCAUUUCGAAAUGGCACUUUUUAAAUUCCCUGAACACAGUUCUCUGUAUAAGACACAACAAUCUGACAUAAAGUCACAUGUUUGCCAUUUCAAAACACUGCCAUUCAAAAUGACACUACAUGAGCCAAUUGGCCAACUACAUGAGCCACUUGGCCAAACACCUCAAUGAUUAAUUGUUAACACUUCAGUCAGGAUGUGAGCACUAUGAAAAGACCACAGGUGACAGCCUUUUUUUUUUUACAACAACAAUGUAAGACAUUGCAGAAAGAGGAAGAGGAAGAGGAAGAGGAGGUUGAGAAUAAGAGGGGGAGGAAGAGUGAGAUGUAGAGUAGGAAGAGGAGUUCAUGGUUAAAGAAGACAAACACUUUCAAAUGAAAUCAGAGCAACCUUAGUAGAUCAUGUCAUCAACCAUGGGCUGACAAUGCGUGAGGCUGGGCAGAGAGUGCAGCCAAACCUGAGCCGUUUUACUGUCGCCUCUGUCAUCCGGACCUUUAGACUGGAGAACAGGACUGAGAGACGACACCAUGGUGGAGGAAGGGACCAAAUGUUCACCGGGGUACAGGAAGCUGCCAUUGUAAACUUGGUUCUGGAAAAUAAUGAAAUCAGAUUACGAGAAAUUCAAAGCCACAUCAUCCAAGACAACACCUUAUUCAACAACAUUCAACGAGUCAGUCUGUCCACAUUGGCUCGCCUUCUCAAGCGAAACCAAAUCAGAAUGAAACAACUUUAUAAGGUGCCAUUUGAGAGAAACUCUCAAAGAAACAAAGAGUUCAGACGAGCAUAUGUGGAUGGAGUACUGGAAAUGGAUGCUCAUGCAAUUCCACAUGAGUUCAUCUUUAUAGAUGAGGCUGGGUACAACCUUGCAAAGUCCAGAAGAAGGGGGAGAAACGUCAUUGGCCACAGAGCCAUUAUAGAUGUUCCUGUCCAACAUGGUGGGAACAUCACAAUGUGCGCUGCCAUCUCCAGUAUGCAUGGUGUCCUCCACCAUCAUGCCAACCUUGGACCAUACAACACAGCCCAUAUUCUCACAUUUCUGGACAGACUUCACAACAUUCCACCAGAGUGUAUGAAUGAUGCAGACCAUCAAAGAAACCGGUACGUUGUAGUAAUGGACAACGUGAGCUUUCAUCGUGCAGCCCCAGUCCAAAACUGGUUUGCUGACCACCCAACAUUUCUUGUGCAAUACCUCCCACCAUACUCACCAUUUCUGAACCCCAUAGAAGAGUUCUUUUUGGCAUGGCGGUGGAAGGUAUACGACCGGCAGCCCUUUGUGCGCAUGUCUCUUGUGCAGGCCAUGGAAUAGGCAUGUGAUGAGAUUGAUGUGUGUGCAAUUCAGGGAUGGAUAAGGCACUCAAGGCGCUUCUUCCCUCGAUGUCUGGCAAGGGAAGAUAUUGCCUGUGAUGUUGACGAGGCGUUGUGGCCAGACCCGGCUGUGCGGCAGGCAAGAUGCUGCCUAAUUAUUUUUCUUGCCUCUUUUUUUUUACUGUAAUAUAUUUUUAAUGAAAUUUUCUUUCAGUUUAUUGUUUUUUGUAAGAAUAUUUUGUUCAGUCCCAUGUAAAUAUAUCUGCUGUGCAUGUUGCACUGACUUGUUUUCUGUAGUGAAAAAAUAAAUAAAUGUUGCAACAGCA